CAGCUAAUCAGUCGCCCCAGUCGCAGUUGUGAUUUUUAAAUUGAAAAUGAAACAUGCAAAUGUUAGCAUUGCUCAAGUCGAAGGGAAAAAGAGUGGAGACGAAGAGGUACAAAUUAAACAUGCCACAACGUACCUGGAAACGAUCAUCCACUUCGUCAAAGCUGGCAUUGGAGCCGGAAUUUUUGCUAUGGGCGAAGCAAUGAAAAAUAUCGGCUUCGUGGUAGGACCGAUUCUAACCGUGGUCUUGUCGUUGAUAUUGUUGUACGAACAGCAUGUGCUGCUGCAGUGUGCAAGUGAUGUUCGCAAACACUACGGCCUACAGAAGAGAACCGACUAUGGAGAAACAUUCCAAUUGGCACUGAUGGCCAACGAUAAAUGGAAGAAACAUGCCAGAUUAAUGAAAAUUAUAACGAAUCUGUUUCUGAUAUUAACACAGCUCGGCUUCUGUGCGGUGUAUUUUGUGUUUAUUGGCAAUACAAUGAAAAAUGUACUGAACUAUUUCGGAUAUGAAUUUGAAGUGCGUGCAUUAAUUAGCAUGGCACUGGUUCCGAUUUUGCUUUCAUCGUUAAUAACAAAUUUGAAGUUUUUAGCACCUCUGUCAGGUCUAGCUGGAAUAUUCAUGAUCGUUGGAAUGUCAAUUUCAUACUACUUUAUUACACAAGAUUUACCUCCGCUGACAGAGAGGACAAUGGCAACAAUUACCAUCGAUAAACUGCCGCUAUUUUUCGGAACGAUAAUUUAUGUGUUCGAAGGGAUUGGAAUCAUUUUGCCUUUACAGAAUGAGAUGAAAGAGCCCAGGAAUUUCUCAAGGCCGUUGGGAGUUUUGAAUAUUGGGGUUCUGAUUCUAACAGCUCUUGUCAUAUGUUUCGGCUUUAUGGGCUACUGGAAAUAUGGCGAAGAUGUUGCCUCAAGUCUAACAGUAAACUUUCCAACCGAUGACAUCCUCGCUCAAUCACUAAAUAUCCUCAUAUCUUGCGGUGUCGCACUCGGCUAUGCCAUUCAAUUUUACAUUCCCAUAAAGAUUCUCUAUCCAUCUCUACAACAUCGAAUGAAAGUUGCUGACGCACAUCCAUUUGUGGGUGAAAUGGUCUUUAGAGUCAUCAUUGUGCUUCUUACGUUUGCUGUAGCCAUGCUAAUUCCGAAUGUGGGACUGUUGAUCAGUAUUAUCGGUGCAAUUUGUUCGAACAGUUUGGCGCUCGUGUUUCCCGUGUUCAUUGAAUAUCUCGUUAAAACAAGAGGCGACAGUCGAAUGUCAACAUUUGAUUCCAUCAAAAAUGUAUUGAUACUCGUGCUUGCUGUUUGCGGUUUCCUUAGCGGUGGCUACGAAGGUGUGCUGGGUAUAAUUGAUUUGUACAAAUAAUUUCCGAAUAAAUUAUUUUAAAAUUAAAAUCGAA